CGCACUAAACCAAAGCCUAAAUAAACCCGACUCAUUCAUUCAAGCCUCCCUAAUAUUGCAUGCUCUGUCUUCUUCUUCUUCUUCCUCUUCCUCUCCUUCACGCGAUAAACAAUCUACACCCAGACUCAUCACAGAAAAGCUGAGAUCAACCUAACCUUUUCAUGGCAGUGGAAGCUCGCCACAUCCAUCUCUUCCCUCCUCAGUUUCUCCCAAACAGGUACACACAUCUGCAUCAGCAUGCACGCGCACUUCACUCUAUUGAUUUAUGCAAUGCUCAGAUGGAUUCUGCUCUUCCUCUUCCGCCCCUUAUGUCUUCUGCGAUGGCGGAUCCUUUCUUGCCGUUUUACCAAUCCACUGUUUGUGAUAUAGCCUCCGCCAAAACGUCCAUGAACAAGGCUGACAGUGGCCUUACCUGCCACAUCCCCGCCGUGCCGAACAGGAAGCGUCCUAGAGAUCAGUUGAUCGCCGAAUCAAAUGCUCUUUCGGUCCCUCACAAGAUCAACAAACUGUCCUGUCCAUCCUCUUCGUUUCUCGACCAAGACAUUCUCUGCCAACUCCAGAACCAGCAAUCCGAGAUUGAUCACUUCAUCUCCCAACAUACGGAGAAAAUGAGAAUGGAAUUGCAGAAGCAGAGAGUGAGGCAAUCGACGGUGUUGAUAUCGGGAAUCCAAGAGGCAAUGGCGAAGAAGCUGAAGGAGAAAGACGAAGAGAUCCAGAGGAUGGGGAAAAUGAAUUGGGCCCUUCAAGAAAGAGUGAAAAGCUUGUGCGUGGAGAAUCAAAUCUGGAGAGAACUGGCCCAGACCAACGAAGCCACCGCAAAUUCCCUGCGCAGCAAUCUGGAACAAAUUCUCGCUCACGUCGGCGAGGAGCGCCAAUCCUACGGUGGCACCGGCCCCCAGGCAGACGACGCCGAGUCAAGCUGCGGAAGCACCGACGAAGACGACGAUGAAGGACGGUGCACUAAUGCGGCGGCGGCGGCGACUUCGGCCGGAAUGAUGUGUAAGAAGUGCGGGCUGAGGGAAUCGAUAGUGCUGUUGCUGCCAUGUAGGCAUCUGUGUCUGUGUACAAUGUGUGGGUCCACAGUUCGGAACUGUCCGGUAUGCAAUUCCGGCAUGAACACCACCGUUCAUGUUAAUUUCUCUUAACAAUUUUUUUCCUUUUUAGUUUUCUUCUUAGACCGGCAGAAAGUAGUUUUUUUUUUUAAUUUUUAUCCUUUUACCUGUUCAAAGAACAGAUUUAGAAAAAAAAUAAAAAAAAAACAACUUGAAAAUUCUUUCAUUGAUA